UGCUCUGCCUGUAUUAUAAGUAAACUUGCCUUCCUUAUUUUCCUUGCAAUUCUGUAGAUCCCAGAAAGCACUGCAUUUCUGUGGUAGCGAUGAGUAAAAGGACAGCCCAUGAAGCCUUCUCUUCGACCUCAUCAUCCUCCUCCUCAAAACGUUGGAUGCAUGAUGUCUUCUUGAGCUUCAGAGGUGAUGACACACGCAAAGGCUUCACAGGCCACCUCUACAUGACACUGAAAGAGGCCGGAAUCAAUGCUUUUAUUGACAACCAGCUAAGAAGAGGGGAAGAAAUAACAGCGGAAUUGGUGCAGGCAAUCCAAGGGUCCAGGAUCUCUGUCGUAGUCUUCUCAAGGAGAUAUGCUGAUUCCAGCUGGUGUCUUGAGGAGCUGGUAAAGAUCAUGGAGUGUAGAAGAACACUUGGGCAAAUAGUUUUGCCAAUAUUCUAUGAUGUUGAUCCUUCGGAUGUCAGGAAACAGACUGGUAUUUUUGCAAAAGCAAUGAAGAAACAUGAGCGAUCCAAUAAAGAUACAGAAAAGGUAAAGGUAGUGAGGUGGAGAGCUGCGCUUACUGAAGCUUCAAAUUUAUCUGGCUGGGAUCUUAGAAACACUGCAUAUGGGACUGAAGCAGAGUUUAUCAGAAAAAUUACCGAGGAGAUCACUACACAAUUCGACAGGACAUACUUAAAUGUAGCUGUCUACCCAGUUGGAAUAGAUUCUCGUGUGAAAGAGAUUAGUAUUUACUUAGAUGUUGAAUCAUAUGAUGUUCGCAUGCUUGGAAUUUGGGCUAUGGGUGGAAUGGGGAAAACAUCAGUUGCAAAAGCCAUUUAUAAUAAAUUUUAUCAUAGAUUUGCAUAUAAGAGUUUCCUUGCAAACGUUAGGGAAACUGCAAAGGAAUCAAAUGGUAUGCUGAGUUUGCAAAACAAACUUCUUUCUGAUAUCUUCAAACAAACCAAGAUGGAGGUAAGUGACGUAAAUAGAGGGGUCAAUGUGAUAAAAGAAAGACUUCGAUGCAGAAGCGUACUUAUUGUAAUUGAUGAUGUAGAUCAAUUGGACCAACUAAAUUCAUUAGCUAUAAACCGUGGCUCCUUUGGUCGAGGAAGUAGAAUUAUUAUAACCACAAGAGAUCGACACUUACUAGAGCACCUUGAAGUGAAUACGAUAUAUCUGGCUCGAAAAAUGAAUGAAGAAGAAGCUCUUCAACUCUUUAGUUGGCAUGCCUUUAGAAAUCGUUGUCCUAAUGAAGGAUAUUUUGAAAUCUCAAGAAGUGUUCUUGCUUACUGUGGAGGUUUGCCACUAGCAAUUGAAGUUUUAGGUUCUUUUCUGUUUAAAAGGAGCAUAAGGGAUUGGACAAGCACAUUGGAGAAAUUGGAAAAAAAUCCUCACUUCGAAAUUCAGGAAAAACUUAAGAUAAGCUUCGAUGCACUGAGUGAUGAGAACGAGAGGGAUAUAUUCCUUGAUAUAUCUUGUUUCUUUAUAGGAGUUAACAAGAACUAUGUCACAAAGAUAUUGGAUGGUUGUGGUUUUUUCGCGGAAAUAGGAAUUAGUGUCCUUCUUGAACGGUGCCUUGUGACCGUUAAUGAGAAAAACAAGCUCAUGAUGCAUGAUUUGAUUCGAGACAUGGGCAGAGAAAUCGUGCGGGCAAAAUUCCCUAAAUACCCUGGAAAGCAUAGUAGAUUGUGGCACCAAGAAGAUGCAACAGAUGUAUUGACAAACAAAUCUGGAACUGAAAAAAUUGAAGGACUCGCUCUAAAAUUGCUAAGAUCUGACAACACUAUUUUCAGUGUGAAAGCAUUUAUAAGGAUGAAGAGACUAAGAUUGCUCCAACUUAAUCAUGUGCAGCUCACUGGGGACUACAAAUAUCUUUCCAACAAGUUAAGAUGGCUUUGCUGGCGUGGAUUCCCUCUAGAGUUCAUACCAGAAGAUGUCUUCAAGCACUUAAUAAACCUGGUUUCUAUUGAUCUACGGUAUAGCAAUCUCAUACAGUUUUGGGAGCAUUCCAAGUUGAUUGGGACGUUGAAGAUUCUUAAUCUCAGUCAUUCACAUUACCUAACACAAUCCCCAGACUUUUCAAAACUCCCAAAUCUCGAGUAUUUGAUACUCAAAGACUGUAAGAGCUUGUCCCAGGUUCACCACUCCAUUGGACAUCUUGAAAGACUUGUUCUGGUGAAUCUCAAAGACUGCAUAAUGCUUAAAGAUCUUCCGGAUAGUUUCUAUGAGUUGAAAUGUCUUGAAACUCUUGUUCUUUCUGGCUGUUCAAGAUUUGAGAACUUGGGAGAGGACAUAAGGGAGAUGUUAUCAUUGACAACUCUUCUUAUAGAUGGCACAGCCAUAAGAGAAGUACCAUAUUCUUCCAUAGUACGACUGACGAACCUGACGUGUUUAUCUCUACGUGGCCUGAAACUUAAAGAGCCCAAUCCUUUCAUUAAUCCUGUGGUAUUGCCAAGAAUAUAUCCUCCUCUAUUACAGGGCUCAACUUCUAAUACAGGAUUUCUUCAACUUGGCAAUUCAUUAAGAGAAGUAAAUAUAAUGACCAAUUGCUUUUACAUCCUUCCAAGGGCUCGCACCAUAAGCCAUUCCCCAAACCUUGUUGAGUUUCCAGGAUUGGAUGAGUUACUAAACUCCCCAAUGUUGAUCGCACAGGAACGGUCCACCAAUAUCACUUCCACUCUUAAGAAGAGCAUCCCACAGGGACAGACUGCGAGCAACAAUGGUGGCAUUGUUCUCCCUCGAAACAAUAUACCGAAGUGGUUCAUGAAUGUCAAUGAUGAGGGUGACCGAGUCCAUUUUCGAGUGCCUCAAAAUACUGGUUCUAAUUUGAAAGCGUUGACUGUGUGCGUCGUUUAUUCUUCUUGUUUAGACAAUGACACAUCUCUGGAUCGUUUUUCUAUUUUUGUUAUAAAUCAUACCAAGCUCAUCAGCUUUGUCGUCCGUCCAAUGGAUCCCUAUGCAAUAACUUCUAAUGAAGUUAUUUGGCAAGGACAUUUAUCAAACAAUGAGCUCAAUUUCCAAGGGGGAGACUCCAUUGAGGUUUACAUUGUAAUUGGAUGUGGUUUCAGGGUGAAGAAAACAGGGGUCCGUCUAGUAUGGGAUCCUGACUUUACCAAUGAAAAUAUGAUUGAGUCCGAGUCUAUCCCAUAUGCUUAUUUUCUUAGUGAUGAUCAGGACAGUGAAAGAACUAAGGGGUGGCUUGGCUGGGCUCUAGCCCACAUCAAGAAAUAAUUCCUUUUAGUUGUCCUCAUUCCGUCUCUGGCUGAGGGCUGAGGGCUGAGCUCCCAAAUUAUUGAGGUCUGAUCCCAAUGAGUACAGAUGAAGAACUAGCAGAGAAAGAAAGCUGAUGCAAUCAUGCAAGUAUGGAGGAACAACUAGCAGUGUGAAAAGGGAAAAGUUUUUUGAUUGCAGGUGAAUUCAGAGAAGUUGGAUCAUAUUCGACUACGGAGAGGAUUAAUUCCGUUAACUUUGAUUGUAGGGGUUAUGGCUCUUUUUGUUCUUUUAGGUUUCUAAUUAUUU